AUGGACAACAUUGAUGCAGAAAGGAUUAUGGCGGACAGCCCCUUCCCCUCAAAACAGGAGAAAAGGGAGAGACUCAGACAGAUGGAGCUAUCCUUUAAAGAGGCCGACAAAGAUGGCGGCUGCAAUCUGGACGAGACGGAGUUCAUAAGCGCCAUGGGUGAGUUCUAUCCAGGACACAGCGAGGAGGAGCUGAGAGCCUUGCACAUGCAGAUAGACGCCAACUGCGAUGGAACCGUGAACUUUGAUAUGCUGCUGGACUUUGACAUAGCUAAACACUAUGCCAGCAAGAGAAAGAAAAACAUGUUUCCUUUGCCGAUUAAGAUUGUGGACGGCGGGCACCGUAACCAAAUCGUAAAAAUUGUGGCCAGGCUUGUGGAUAUGCCGGAGAAUAACUACAACAAUAGUGGUCUGCGGAAAUCAAAGAAGAAUUCUUGA